UUUGUUAUUCUUAAUAGCCAAGGUUGAUGAUGCAAGGUAGUGUUGUUGAUCGGUAGUUCUAUACACAAGCGAGCGUUUCAAUUGCUACUCAUUUUUUCUUAUCUAAUAAACAGAUAUAUUUUCGUGUUUUUUAUUUGCUUGUUUACAUAAAAUUGGAAAAUUUUCCUUCAAUUCAGUUUAAAUACCGGUAUUUCUAUCACUAAAAAUUUUUAUUUAUCACUGGGAUCAUGAGCUCUAUAAAAUUAGCCCCCAAAAUUAAAUUGAACAAUGGAAUGGAAAUGCCUCUUAUCGGUUUAGGCACAUGGAAGUCUAAACCUGGUGAAGUAUUUGAAGCCGUGAAGUGUGCCAUUCAGUGUGGAUAUCGGCAUAUUGAUUGUGCUCUUGCAUAUGAAAAUGAGGAAGAAGUUGGAAAUGCAAUCAAAGAAAAGAUUGCUGAUAAAACUGUCACUCGACAAGAUAUCUUUGUGACUACUAAAGCAUGGAACACAUUUCAUAGACGAGAAAAAGUUAUUGAAUCUUGUAAAAGAUCAUUGAAAGAUUUACAGCUUGACUAUGUGGAUCUCUUCCUCAUCCAUUGGCCAAUCGCUUACAAAGAAGGAGAUGAACUUUUUCCCGAAGAUGAGAACAACGAGACGUUAACAGAAAAUAUUGACUUCAUAGAAACGUGGAAGGGUAUGGAGGAAUGCUAUGAUAAAGGUCUUGUCAAAGCUAUUGGUCUGUCCAAUUUCAACAGUGAACAGAUUCGUAGAGUUCUUGAUGUGUGCAAAAUCAAGCCAGUUGUUUUGCAAAUUGAAUGCCACCCUUAUUUGAAUCAAAAUAAGUUAAUUGAGUUCUGUAAAAGUAACGACAUUGCUGUUACUGCAUACAGCCCUCUAGGAUCUCCUGAUCGACCAUGGAAUAAACCAGAUGAACCUUGUCUAUUGGAUGAUGAGAGAAUUAAAAAACUUGCUGAAAAAUACAAUAAAACUCCCGCUCAAAUUCUGUUACGAUUUAAUGUUCAGCGAGAAGUUGUCGUCAUCCCUAAGAGUGUUACAGAAGAAAGAAUAAUAGGCAACUUUAAAAACUUCGAUUUUGCACUUACUCAAGAUGAAAUGAUAAAAGUUGCUAGCUUUACAGAGAAGUUCCGUUAUUGCCCUUUGAUUUGGUUGAAGGAUGAUUCAAACUAUCCUUUUGGCAUUGAAUAUUAAAAUGUUUGCUCUGAUUGAAAUAUUUGUUUGUAAAAAUAAACCACUACAGCACUGUAUAAAAGUAUUAAUAUUUGGUUAACAAUAAAAAAAUUUGUCAUCAUGAAUAUCCAAUAUAUUAUGUUCAAUUAUUACUGUGAUGCCACAAUAGGCAUUACAUAUUUUCUAGCUUAAAGGGUUGAUAUCCAAACCGUUGACUAUCAAGCCUAGUUUUCGAUAUGAAGAGAAUUGUUUUUCUUGAUCCCUUUAAGGGGUUUUUCUUUAUUUUUAUAUUUUGAAUUAUGGCCAUUUUUAAUACUUAAUAAAUCAAAUGAUUUUAUUCAUUUACACUAUAUUACAUUAAAAUUAAGAUGUAUCUGUAAUGGCCGAAAGUCAAAAAUGAGACCUGAACUACCAUUCUAAAUUUGGAAUGACAAUCACCGCCACCACAAUUACAUUUGUAUUUAAACUGUAGAAAGAAAAAAAAAUUACUACAAAUUAUUUGCUAAGUACCACGAGUUUUGUUUAAUUUUUACAAAAUUUACUUAAACAAACUUGACUUCAACAUACCAAAUUAGGAAGCUCUAAUUUCCAAUUUUUUAUUGACCUCUUAUACCAAGGAUUUUUUAAAAAUUUGAAGAAAAAAAAAGCCUUUUUGUGAUUUGAAGAGAAGUUCUUAUUUUUUUCAUACUUUUGUUGUUUCAUAGACAUUGUAACUUUGACAACUAAGUUUGAUUAGAAACCAAAAACUUUUCAAAUUACAAAAUAUUGGACCAAUCAAAAUGUGAAUAAAAUAUUUUACUGUAGCAUAAAAACAAGAAAAAAUUUCACAAAUAAUUUAUUGUACCUGUCUUUUUGAUUGAAUUUUUCAAAAGAAAGUUGAGGCGAUGUUCAAUUCAGUACUGUUAUCCUUCUGUUCCCUUUUUCCAAAUCACAAAGACUUAAACGAUUAAAUACUCUUCCGUAAAAUAAAUCUUUAGUAAAGUUUGAACUCAAUGUGAAAUCUACACAAAAGGUUUUAAUGAGUGAGUCAUUAACAACUAUGAAACUAGAGAAAAAACGAAAUCUCUAACAAAGUAAAAGACUCAUUCAAAUCAUACAAUUGUACUAAUUUAAUAUAUUAAUCAGAAAACUUUGUCAAUUACAACAAUUACUUCCCAAAACAAAGGCUUUAGAUCUAAACA